AUGUUACGACAAAUGAAGGCGGAAGCCAUGAAAAAGAAGAAAGAAAUUAAGCAGAAAACUAAAUCAGAUGACGAUGAUGAGGACUAUGUUGUAUCGGAUGAAGACUCGAGGCACACUGAAUCUAAGGUAAAGCUGAAGAAAAAGAACGAUAAGCCUUGGAUGAAUUCAUCCUCAGAAAGUAGCAGUGAAUCUGAGCCAGAAGAAGAUUACAUUGAACCUGAGCACUCGGACUUACAGUCGCUGAAAUCAGAUCAUGAGUUCUCACCAGAGUCCGAUCUGGAGGAUGAAACUAUUGAUCGGAGCACGUUAGAUUCUCCAGAAUCACCUCCUACCCAUGGCAAAGAUAUCAGAAAUAUAGUAAAAGCAAUCAGAAAAGAAGAAGAGAAACUUAAUAGAUCACACUCGAAUUCGCCUGUGCUGGAUGAGAAAAAGAAACAAAUGAAAAAUCCACUAAGGAAAAAGAAAAAGUUGAACAGUCUUGAUGUCAGUUCAGAAGAAGAUGACGGAUCGGAUGAAGAUUUUGCGGAGGAUAUCACUUCUUCAGACGAAGAAAGUUUUUCGAUGACUGAGGACAGUGAAAGUUCUUUGGAGUUUACGAGGACCAAAAAAUCACGAGCUGCUGCCAACAAAAAGAAAGACAAGGAUUUCAUCAACGAUAAUGAUGAUGAUAGUGAUAAUAGUGGUGCUUAUAAUAUCCGAAAACGACCAAACAAGGCUAAAAAAAUUCUAGACGAUUCAGAUGAAUUCAACGAAGAUGAUGAUGUUACCGAAAGUGAAGAAAUUGAUAGCGAAGAUCUGUGCAAUGAUACGGAAACAGAUAGCAGUGAUGAUAACUGGAAGAAAAGAAAAUCAAAUGCUAAGGUUGUUAGUCGAGUUCCAGUCAAAGUUAAUGACAAUACUAAAAAGAAGGCCAAAAAACCUGAUGACGAUAAAACAUACAAGAGUGUACAAAACCAAACGACAGUCAUGAAAGGUUCCCAAACCCCUGUUCAUAUGUUUUAUCUUCUGAUUAUAACCACGGGUUUGGAAACUCCUCAAACAGCACUAGUAUACCUGCUGUUGCACAACCUAUUACGAGCUCACUAA